AUGUCCAGCGAGGAGGAGAUGGCUCAGAGCUUCUCCGACUCGGGCACCUCAGAGUCAGACAGCCUGAGAGACGAGCAGCUGUGUGUGGAACGUCCGACCAGCAGCCACAGACGCUCAUUACUCGUCUGUGUGGUUAUUCCUGAUCUCCAGCAGUCUAAAUCCAUGAGGUUUAAGGCUGAUUGCACAGUCUGGGCGGCGAAGCAGCAGAUCCUGUGUACUUUAACUCAGAGUCUGAGAGACGUGCUGAACUACGGCCUGUUCCAGCCGGCGGUGGACGGGAGAGAGAGCGCCUUCCUGGAGGAGCAGAAACUCCUGAGAGACCAUCCGUUCCCCUCCAAUAAGGACAUGCCCACCCUGGAGUUUCGCUACAAGAGCCGAGUCUACCAGCAUGCCAGCGUCAAUGAGAAGCAGAUCGAGAGACUUCAUACACAGGCCAUGCUGGAGUUGGGAGCGUCUCCGGAUUAUAUGGACAGUCAGGGACUCACCCCGCUCUAUCACACUGUGACCGUAGGGGGCGACCCGAGCUGCUGUGAAGUGCUACUGCGUGCCCAGGCCACUGUGGCCUGCCAUGAUGAGAAUGGCUGGCAUGAAAUCCAUCAGCAUUUGGAGCAUUUGCUGUUUUACGGUGCAGACAUGCGAGUACAAAAUGCCUCGGGGAACACGGCCCUGCACAUCUGUGCCCUCUACAAACAGGAGAAUUGUGCCAAAGUUCUGCUGCUACGUGGAGCCAACAAAGAGGUGAAGAACCACCGUGGGCAAACUGCCUUCCAGGUGGCCAUCAUUGCAGGGAACUUUGAGCUAGCGGAGUUCAUAAAGAACCACAAGGACACGAGUAUUGUGCCUUUCCGGGAGGCUCCGGUGGCAGCAGCGAGUUCAGGCCGGAGCAGGCCUCAGCAGCCUCAGUCAGGCCGGAGUACCCUGGCCGCUCCGCGCGUGCUCCUGCGCUCCAACAGCGACAACAACCUGAAUGUGAACAAACUGUCAACACCGUCACGCUCACCAUCGCCCGGCCGCUCGCCUUCGCCCCUGCGCAGCCUGUCACCCCGCAGGCCCCAGCAGAUGCAGAACAGCUCCAAUGGCACGGCAAAGAGCAUGGGCCGGGGGAGCCGGCAACCCCCGCGCAGCCGCUCGCCCUCGCUUGGCCGACUGGGGGACGGAGACGCCCGAAGACACCCGCCCCUGCGCCACAGCAGUCCACGUCCCAGUCGUGAUGGUUUUUCAGGUGCAGAGACCACAGGGACCAGGCGCAGGUUGUACAGUGCUGUACCUGGCAGACACUACCUAGUGGUGAAGUCCUAUCAGGCCCAGGCAGAGGGAGAAAUCAACCUCUACAAGAAUGACAGAGUAAAAGUGCUCAGUAUUGGUGAAGGAGGAUUCUGGGAGGGCAGCGCUCGAGGGAAUGUGGGCUGGUUUCCAUCCGAGUGUGUGGAGGAAAUCCCCAACAAACAAAACGAGGAUCGACCCUGAGACUGAUCUUGCUUAAAUGGAAAGAUGUCAUCCCACCAACUUAUUAUUACUGGAUUAGG